GACAUGCGCACAAAGCGCCGUGACGAGUUUCCUGUGCGACUCUAGCAGCAAUGGCGAGCGGAAAGAAAAAUACGUUACUGUCUUCUUUGGCAGCUUAUGGGGACGAUUCGGAGCAAGAUUCAGACCCAGAGACCGAGGAAGCAGAGGGCCUUGGAGGUCUGGUGUCUGCCAGCUAUGGGGAGGGCGACGUGGGCCAUAUGGAAGAUGGAGAUGACAAGGGCUCUGGUGACGAAGACAGUGGAGACAGCUCCAGGGAUUCGGAAGGGGACGAGUCAGACCUUGAGGGGGGAGACGCAGAUGAUUUGAAGGAGAUUUCGGAGGGUGAGAAGCGGGAUCCCAAUGAGCUGGUUGAACUCCUCCCAAAACAAGCCCCAACAGUCUGCAGUGCUGAGGUGGGGGCGGCUUCAUACCAAGGCUUAUUUUUUAAGUGUCAGGCAUCCAUGGAUUUAUAUCAACCAGCUCAGUUUUCGGAGAAGGUGAGGAACAUGUCACCCGACGAGAUCCGGAUUCCCCCCGAGCCUCCGGGACGCUGCUCCAGCCACUUGCAGGAGAAGAUUCAGAAGCUGUACGAACGCAAGCUGCAUGGCGACUUUGACACAAACCGCCACAUCCAGAACAAGAAGGAGUUCCGUAACCCCAGUAUUUAUGAGAAACUCAUUCAGUUCUGUGGCAUCGACGAGCUCGGCACGAAUUACCCCAAGGACAUGUUCGAUCCACAUGGCUGGUCUGAAGAUUCUUAUUAUGAAGCUCUAGCCAAAGCUCAGAAAAUAGAAAUGGACAAACUGGAGAAGGCAAAGAAAGAGCGGACGAAGAUCGAGUUUGUGACCGGCACCAAAAAGGGUACAACCACCAGUGCUGCUGCUCCUACCACCAACACCGCCAGCACCACGGCAACGGACGCCCAGAAGAGGAAGAGCAAAUGGGAUUCUGCAGUUCCUGUCACUCUGGCCCAGCCGGCGCUACUCACCACCACAGCCACGCUGCCCGGCGUCGUCUCUGUCACUACCACAGCCAGCGGCACCAAGACCACUGUCAUUUCCGCUGUUGGCACCAUCCUGAAAAAGGCCAAGCAGUGAGAGCCCGGGUGACUCUUCCGCACGUGUCCCGCCCUUCAGGAGAGGUUCUUCUUGCCAGUCUCAGUAGUGUGGUCGGCCCAGUCCCUGCUGUUUUGACCUGCUCAGGAUGGACAAUACUCGGAGAGAACGUUUACCUGGGCAUCCUAUUCUUCCCCCUUCAUCAACUUCUACCUUCAAAUCUCAUUGCCGCAGUCUCUGACAUCCCUAAAUCAAGCUUUAAUAAUUGCAUGCCCAUUGUAUUCCAACCAACAUCCGCUUUCUUACACUUUGUUGUAUAUUUACAUUGAAGUGAAGCCAGCGGUAUAUAUAAAUGGGAGAGCAAUAGUUUCCAGUUGAGGAAAAUGGUUCUCUGUCAGGGUUACAGGUUGUUGACUGGAAAAUGUAUGGCUAGGCAAUUAGAGCUACCUGCGUUCCUGUGGCUGCUUGGCAACUAUACAGGUUGAGAGAUUGAAGAUGUCCCCCUGUACUUGUGCAACCAUUGUAACAUUUGUGGUUUCCCCCCACCCCUGCCCCCCCCCCCAUUCAAAAUUUGGCCACCAUUGAGGCCCAAGUUCACUUCAGGUCUCUGGCUUAUCUGCUUGUUCAUCUCGCAAGUGAAAGGAGAUGCAUACCUGGGAAAGUUGGCUCUCUUCCUAAAGCUUACCUUUCAGUGUUCUAAUGAGAGACUGCUCGUUAGGGGGGCAAUUCACAUCUAAGAAAAUGACAUUGUGUGUCGUCUGUCAUUUUUAUUGUUUUAAUGCCUGUUCAAAGACUUUUUGGUAAUAUUUUUUACACAGGAAUGUUAAUGCUGAUGUGUGUAGAGGAAUAAAAGAUGUCUGUACUUGUGUUACAUUUAA